AUGAGUGCCUAUUUAGGUUCUGAUGUACUCUCCGUAUCCGUUUCUGAGGACGGAUCGUCCGGCAGGGCACUCCUCUGGAACACGCGAGAGCGAGUCGUGCGACGCGAGCUGCAGCUCACUCGGCCAACAGGCGCUCAGCGACUAGGUAUAGGACGCGCUGCGGCCCCUGAGGUGUCGGGCUCGUUACGUGCUCAAACAUUUUGCCCUGUGCUUGCGUCGCCUGCUACCUGGGAUCGAUAUGUGUUUGGAGUGAACACCGGUCUCCAUAAGAGCUGCAUUAAAUUUUUCACGCUAGAGCGCGACUCGGAAGUCGCCCAGGUGACGCUGGGCGAGAACCUAACGGCCCUGGCGUGUUCCCACGGAGGCCACUUUCUAGCUGCGGGCACAGCGCAGGGUCUCGGGUACCUGUGGGACCUGCACACUGGAGUCCUGCUUGCGCCCAGUGCGGGAUCGGGACCAAGCAGUGCCGCCGCAAACACUGAAACCGGGCAUCAGUCGGCUGCCGCUUGGGAGCUGCAGCUUCUCGCGGUGACAACGCUGGUGUUCACUCUAGAUGAUGCGUUCCUUGUAACUGGAGGCGAAGACGGGAGUAUCACGGUUUGGGCGACAUCGGAGCUGUUUGCGGGGCAGACGCACCAACCAUGGCGCCGUUUCCCUGCGGUACAUGCUGGUGCAGUAGUUGCGCUCCAUCUGGGCGCUGCCUGGCAACUGCAUACCGCCCGAAUAUAUAGCCUCGGGCGAGACAGGACAUUGCGGAUUCUCGACUUUCCCACCGGCAUGCAGCUGGCGAACAUCCAUCUGAGUAUGCAAGGAACUAGCCUGGUGGUGGAUGACGUUUUCGAGAGGGCCGCGUACGUGGGUCACAUUACCGGCGAUGUGCUCCGCAUUUGUUUGCCGUCUUUGAGUCUUGAUUCAACGCGCACGCUGCUGAUCAAGAAACCGCUAGUCAAUCUCGAGAGCGACGGGCAUAGUGCCACCACAUCGACCUCGUGGCUUCGUGGCUUCACCGAGCGGGAUGUGCCAGAAAAGCGGGCUAUUCGCACACUGGCUCUCGUCGAGGAUGGCUCCAUACUUGCCUACGGUAACGAAAAUGGUAGCGUCGGGUUGAUUCAUCUGAACAGUAACGCCGUUGUUGCCGAGUUUCGGGGCCAGAAAGCGCACCGCAGCGAAACCGUCUACUUGGUGACUCGUAUCCCGCCAUCCGACGGUGCCGUGCCCCGGUGGCUCUGGCAGCGAGAUGUCUACGUGAACGAAAAGAAACGCCAGUGGUCUACCGGUGGUACGCGUCAUGCACCGCGGGUUGCGCCACGCUUUUCCUUGGAGUCGAAACCCUAUGGGGAAUCCUUCGAGCUGGUCGAUUCGCUGGCAACUCGUUCGACUGCUGUGGCAGCGGCAGCCGCUGGUGCUGCGAACGCCACAAACUCGGGCGAGACGGCGGAUGCGGCGAUCGUUCCCGCCCGUAAGCAUGAACGAGACCGUUUCGUUGCCUGGACUAGCGUCUGCAUGGAUAGGCUGCUUGCGCAACUAGACCAACGCGAGGAUACCUGA